AUGCCCGGUCCACCUCCCAGUGUCGCAAACAUUUCCAAAGCCCAAAAGUGGCAAUCUCUGAAUGCUCUUUAUGAUGUGUCCGGCCCCGAGCAGAUAUUAAGCGAGGAUCUAGUGCGCCUGGGGAAUGCAAAGGAUUCAACCUUCCUAUUGCAUCUGAGGGAGAUAAUUGCCAGGCAUAGGCAGGUAUUGGAUAGGAUCACCGAAUCCUUCCUUUCGUCGUGCCAGAAAUGGAUGCCUAUCUUUUACCCUGAGAUCGUUGACCAACCCGAUGCCAUGGCUCGAGAGUCGAUGGCAUUGCUUCUUAGCAUGUGUAUGGUGAUGCGCCCAUUGGUUAGCGGGAAUAACCAGCCUGAUGCCCUCCGUGAGUACUUGUAUCUUAUCGCUAAGCGGCUAUUCUGGGACCCAGCUACCGCAGAGAAGCCGACAACAGCUCUAAUGAAAGCCGGAUUGCUAAUUUCUGUCUAUGAGUACGGACAUGGGCUAUUGAAUGCUUCUUUCAUUACACUCUCAGUGUGUUCCAGCAUGGCACAAGUCACAAAGCUAGGAGGCAUAGUGCAUGAAUGCCCUAUUUUACCGCCAUUUGGGACACACCCUAUCAAGGAAAAUGACUUAAAGCUUUGGUGGAGUAUUAAAAUACAUGAAAUAAUGAUCAGUCUGAAAAGUGGACUGUCCAUCAGGCCUCUCAUCAUUGACGAGUCUGAAAUCAUGGACAAUCAUCGCCUUAAAGCGGACAUUGAAUACGUCAAGCCACAACUGAUUCUUGACCAACACUACAUUUCUUUCCAUCUACAGGCUAGAGCUGCUAUUUGGCUGGACCUGGUGCUGGGCCUUGUACGGAGUCCCGUGAUAACCACCUCCACCUCCACCGGUCGCCUUCGCUUUCAAGCUGUGGAUCAAGGUCUUUUGCAGUUUCUAAGUGUGUUGUUUGGACUUGGUAUGGGAGUAUGCUGCGAGGCAAUAUCUAUUAGCUUGAAUGCUUUCGUUCACCUCCAUCAAAGUCGGAUCCAGCCAAGCAGUCCAUUCAUAUUCACAGAACAAGAGAGACUCGAAUCUUUCAAAGCCAUCGAAACAAUGCUUCGGGUGAUAUCGGAUUUCUUCGAAGACUUUGCGCUCCAAAACCCCGAUCUCGAUAUCAACGAGAACAGCAAGUCUAACCACGAAACCAAUAGCGGCAUGAUCGCCGACACAUUUCCCUACAUGAUUCACUUGGUAUAUGUGUUGUUACUGAAAAUGCGAGAACACCGGUAUAUUCCCGAAUCACUUUCUCGAAUAGAUAAAGCUGAAAAGGAGUCUCAUUUUCCCUCUGCACCGACUUUUGAAAGGGAGAUAAAAGCUCUUCAUACCAUGUUACAUCACUCUUCUAAGCGAUGGCAAAUUUCACGGGAUUAUAUUUGUCUUCUGGACCGUUCAACAACCUAG